CACUCUUCCUCCUCGCCUCUCCAACUCACGAAGUCCAAAGCUCCUCCACCAAACGAAACAAAGACAUCCACCAUCACCGCCGCUUUGUCGCUUUUGUCCUGUUGUCCUGUUGCCGUUGUCCUGUAGCCGCUUUAUCCUGUUGUACAGUUGAUCAUGAUGAGUAAGGAUGAAGCCACCGUUGGCGGCUACUCGCAAGCGCUGGCUGCAAUUGAUCGUAUGGAACAAGACCUGUCGGAGGAAGAAACUGGCUUCAAGCAGAAGAUGGAGGCCAUGCGAAAGGAGUUGGAGUCGAUAAAGAAGGAGCUUGAUCACAAGAAGAAGGUUGGAGAAGAUCUCAGAGGCAUCGAGAAGGGCACUGUGAUUUCUGCCAGUAUCAAUGACAAGGAGCCCUCUCGGUAUGUCGUCGCUGAAGUUGGCAAGGGCUGUCUCGUUUCUGUUGUGGCGAUGGAAACAGAAGAUUUUUGGGAUUCUUCCUCCAUUGAUUCCCUUGUCAAAACUGAAAUCGACUUGUCGGUGACUCAGUACAAGAUUUCACACUACAAUGUCACCACUUGCUUUGGUGUGGGCAAUGACGCGAAGGCCAGCCGUGAAACGAUCCAUAGCGGCGCCAAUGACGAGGUCGGAGUCGAUGGAUAUGGCAAGAACCGCACGGGCAUCUUUGAGGCUACCAACGACGGCAUCCUAUCUACCAUUUCUACACUGCUCGGCAAGUCUGACAAUACCAAAAGCGGCAAGUCAGCUUGCAGCUCCAACAAUACACCGGAAGAUCUGGAGAGUGUCAUGAUUGGACGACUCUUGCUCGAGCACGGCUGCUUGAUUCUAGGAGUUCUGAUUGUAUCCAUCGUUGCAUUGUCUACUUUUGGUGCUCAUGCCAUGACCAACCUUCAAUGUGCCAAUGGAACGUCGGAUCCACACACGCUUCUUGGAGUCGAUAUGGCCACACCAACCUUUGUGGAAUUGGCGCCCACGAUGGUCCUUGCUACUGGUAGUUUGCGCGCAUCUGAUGGCCAACAGUGGUUGGACGUGGAAUCUGGUGGUCAAAAGGGUACGUUGGCCCAUGAGAACGACGCUACGGGUCCUGCUUUUGGAGUGACUCAUGGCGGAGCAGCCAGCUCGGUUGACGUGGGAGCCUCUCUCGUCUUCGAUCCUUCUGUUGAAGAAGGCGCCUCUGGUGUCGAGAAGCAGGCCUCUUUGCAGGAUGAAACAACUUCGAACACCGUCAGCAACGAAAUAGGCAGUCCGACUCUUGCAGCCGUUUCGUCUCCGGGUUUGGCUUCACACAAGCCCUUUGGGGGUAACGACAGUCUAAAGUUUGAGGAGUCGUCAACGUUGUCUCCAGGUCACAGCGGUAGUCCGGUCGAAUCCAAUGCUGUCGUGAAAGAAGCUGAUAAUCCCGCCCGAAGGCCUGAAGAUGUAGACCGGUGGUUGGAGAGUUUAAAGUACCGGCACGCGUAUGCACGACAAAUGCGUGGCUCCCGUAAACCAGUCCAACGCUAUGAGCUUACGCAAGAGCUGCCAGUUGCAGAGUCAGAAACUGUAGAAGCCAUGGACGGUGAGCCAGUUGCGUUGGAAGAAGAAGAUGUACAGACGUACCAUUUCGGCAGAGACGAAACAGACGAAACAGAGCAUGGAGGAGAAACCAGCUCGGUUGACUUGGGAGCCUCUCCGAUCUCCGAUCCUGCUGUUGAAAAAGGCGCCUAUGGUGCGGAGGAGGCAAACCCCGAUGCCCUCGCGGGCACACCCAAUAGAGACAAAGCGACAGUAAGUAGCCGUAAAGCAUUGGAAAAUGCGAAGGAAAAUGCGCUUGCACAAUAUGAGAAAUCGGAAAGAGAGAUGCCAGAAUGGGGAAAGAAGUAUCACAGCGGUGGUCCGGUUGAAUCCAAUGCUGUCGUGAACGAAGCUGAUGAUGAUGAUGAGACCAAUGUGGAGAACCAGCCUGGGGAAGGAUCUUUCGAGUUGUGGUAUCGUUUGAGUCCGGAAGAAUUUUGUUUGGAGCUAGACCGGAGAUUCCCAUCGCUAUAGGGGCAAAAAACAAGGUGAACUUCCGGGGACUCGCUAGGCAUGAGGCACACGUGAUGGCCAAGAUAUACCCCCUACGCUCGAAGGCUUCGUGGUGAAUGAAUGGACUUUCGAGAGGAAACGAAUGUGCUUGUGACAACGAGCACGCAAUCCCAGUUUCCAACUGCGCAAAGAGUGAAGAACUGGUACUUUACGCAUUGCAACGGAACUGCAGGACGAGCGCUCGGAAACGAUCCGGAUUGAAUUGAUAAAAGGAAAGCCUCUGACAUUACUGUAUCAUGUAACACAAAUAAACAACGAACGAAAGCCGUUGCGCCUACCGUACC